ACUAGAACCUUCAAGAUGAUGGAUCAAAUUCUUGGAACAAACUUCACUUAUGAAGGUGCCAAAGAAGUUGCUCGAGGCCUUGAAGGUUUCUCAGCAAAGCUUGCCGUCGGAUAUAUUGCCACUAUUUUUGGACUGAAAUAUUAUAUGAAAGACCGAAAAGCCUUCGAUCUCAGUACUCCAUUAAACAUUUGGAAUGGUAUUCUUUCGACAUUCAGCUUAUUGGGAUUCUUAUUCACUUUUCCUACUUUGUUAUCAGUUAUCAGAAAGGAUGGAUUUAGUCACACCUAUUCCCAUGUCUCUGAGCUUUACACUGACAGUACCUCUGGAUAUUGGAUCUUCCUUUGGGUUAUCUCAAAGAUUCCGGAACUUUUGGAUACAGUAUUCAUUGUUCUUCGCAAGAGACCACUUAUUUUCAUGCACUGGUACCAUCACGCAUUGACCGGUUACUAUGCUCUUGUCUGCUACCAUGAGGAUGCUGUCCAUAUGGUUUGGGUUGUAUGGAUGAAUUAUAUUAUUCAUGCAUUCAUGUAUGGAUACUAUCUUCUGAAAUCUCUGAAAGUUCCAAUUCCACCAUCAGUUGCUCAAGCAAUCACCACAUCUCAAAUGGUUCAAUUCGCAGUUGCCAUUUUCGCACAAGUUCAUGUUUCCUAUAAACACUAUGUUGAGGGAGUUGAAGGAUUAGCCUACUCGUUCAGAGGAACAGCUAUCGGAUUUUUCAUGCUUACUACCUACUUCUAUCUAUGGAUUCAAUUCUACAAAGAGCACUAUCUUAAGAAUGGAGGCAAAAAGUACAAUUUGGCAAAGGAUCAGGCAAAAACUCAAACAAAGAAGGCUAACUAACUAAGACGGGACUUUAAUUUAAAUGCACAUUUAUUUAAAUAUGCUGAUAACAUAUGAAUGAUAAUAAUAAAAGAAAACAACA